UCUUACCAGCGCCGUCAGCCCCGCCAACGUUAUAAGGGGAUGUAGGGUCGACGCAUGGGGACGCUCACGACCUGCUUCCUGAUCUCAUGGUCCUCGACACGCGCACUCGGCUUUACUUCAUAAGCUUCGCCGUGCAGACCUUGCUUCUGGGAAUCUUCCUCUCCACAACUUCCGUCUCGCUAUAUCUCACUUUCUGUGGACCAUCCCAUCGAGCCUUUCGGGACAAGUUCGUACUCGCCGGAAUCAGCGUCGUGAUUAUUAGCGCGAUAUCGCAUUGUGGGAUUUUGUUCGCCGCUAUUCACAACGCGCUUCUUAUGCAGCGGAAGACUCGGAGGUGCCUCUUUCUCGAUGCGCGCUCCUCAUAUUGACUGUUCAGCCUUCAUCUGAACGCACUAGUAGACGGGCUUGAUAAUACUGGUCGAUAGUGCUGGCGCCUACCUGUACAUCACCGGCCUUACUUGGCUCCUCUUUGCGAUACUCACACU